AUGGCAUCGCAUGUUCGUGCAAUGCUCAAUAAAAUCUUUGGUAAACCUGAAUAUCGAGGAUUGUUUAUUGGCCUCGAUGCGUCAGGUAAAACAACGAUUCUCUAUAGAUUAAAACUAGGUGAGUUAGUGCAAACGAUUCCUACAAUCGGUUUCAAUGUUGAGACAAUCGAAUAUAAUGGUACAAUGCUAACGCUUUGGGAUGUUGGCGGCUGCGAUAAAAUUCGGCCUUUGAUACGACAUUAUUUCUUAAAUAUGCAGGCAAUUAUUUUUACUGUCGAUGCGAACGAUAGAGAACGAAUUGAACAAGCACAAGAUGAAUUAUCACGUAUUUUAUCUGCGGAGGAAUUACUUGGAGUACCAAUCUUAUUCUAUUUGAACAAAAGUGAUCUACCGAAUGCAAUCGAUCGCACACAGAUCAUCGAACGAAUGCAAUUGAAUAGUAUACGUAAUAGAUCUUGGCUUGUACAGACCUGUUCGGCGAUAACAGGUGAUGGUUUGUACGAAGGUCUAGAUUGGUUAGUCAAAGCAGUGAAAUCUCCGUCGACUAAAUCUUGUGAACUAUUAAAUUCGGAUCUGAGUACUUUAACAGCAACCGAGCAACCAGAAACAAAUCAAUCGUUACAGUGGUUAUCGCAAAUAGAUGAAGAUUCUGAUGAAGAUUUUAUCGACAAAUUUCAAAAACAUCAGUUACUUUCCGAACAAUUCGAUCAUCGAUCUCUCCUACGAAUCAUUUGGAUUUAUUUGCAGCUUCACGAUCGAAAAGAAACGAUCAAAUCGGUAUUUCAACAUCUUCCAGCAUACAUCGAUGAUAUGAAUGAAACGUUAACCUACUUCUGGAUUCAGAUUGUUCACUAUGCACGAGAAGCAACAAAGAAUCCGACGAAUGACUUUCCUGGUUUUCUAUUGAUGAAUCCUCAACUACUGAAUGAAAGCGAAUUUCCAUUAGUUUACUACAAGAGAGAAACACUGUUUGGUGAUGCGGCAAAAAAGUCUGUCGUACUGCCAGACGUGAAACAACUACCGAGUCGUGUGCCUUCGUCAUUCACACCGAGUAGUACAGUCUCAAAACCGAUAAAUCAAGCCGAAGAGCAGCCUGCCAAUGAGUUAGAUGACGAUGAAUUUUUACGACAAUUCGAAACAUGUACAUUAACGAAUUGGUCACAUAAAACACACGUUCGAAUGGCUUGGAUUUAUCUAACACGUGACGGACGACGGACAGGUGUGAAUAAGAUAUUCGACGGAAUCAAAAAUUUCAUAGCAAAUAGUGACACAGCUCGAAAAACAACAUUUCACUUUACAAUGACGUAUUUCUGGAUUCAGAUGAUUGAUUUAGCUAUUGCACAAAGUCCUAAAGAUCUCACAUUCGAAGAAUUUCUUCGUCAAAACCCACAAUUAAUGAAUGGUGGUCUCUUUCUUGAAUACUACAAGAAAGAAACGAUGUUGAACAAUCCAACUGCUAGACAAGAGAUGGUCCUACCUGACAUCAAACCAUUACCAACAUUACUGGCAUCGAAACUUAAAAAGUAG